GGAUGAGAUCCGACUUCACGCAAAGUUGGCUCUGAAAAGUAGCUUAGUUUUUGUGGUUGCAGAAGGGGAACCAUUGCUACACAAGCAAAGAGCAAUAAUUAGAAGUCUAAUCACAACUGCAGUUAUCCUUGUCCGCGGUUAUCUGAUUUCAAAAGUGAAGGUCAGAUGUUGCGCAGUCUUUCUAGUGAGCGCCCGUAGAGCUGAAAAAAUUAGAGUGACCAACUGCAGUCGAACGUUGAAGGUGGUAGAGAAAAUUGCUGCAACCCCGCUUCGCUCUUUCCGCUAUCGUUUCUGCAUAGAUUCGGAAGAACAAGCACAUUCAAUAAAAAGUGGAGCAACUGAAAGUUGCGAAACGAAAAUGGAACACAUUCCACCAUGGAGAGAGGCUGCCAGUGUCAUUAUUGUAGUUAGAGCCUCCUUGCAAGAACUUGUGGGAAAUAACCUAGCUACCAUGAUGGUGAGGGCGCACACUUCUCCGAGAGACAUGGUGAAUAAAAAUCAUUGUGAUUUUCGACUUCUUAUGGUGAAGCGUAGCAGCUUAAGUUCUUUCAUGGCUAAUGCUUACGUCUUUCCUGGUGGACUGGCCGAAAUCAGUGAUUACUCUCCAAAGUGGUAUGAUGUAUUUGCAGCCCAUGGCAUAAAUAGAGAGUCCAUUCAAAAAUUCAGUCAGAAAGUUAGCGGACCGCGGCCUCGUAUGAUCACGGAGUCGGUCACGCUAUCAUGCGCAAAUGUCAAACCAGAGCAAGACCCUCUACCACCGGACGUCGCCCUACGCAUAGCAGCGAUAAGGGAGACUUUUGAGGAAACCGGUGUACUACUGAUGACACGUCCUAAGAAGUCUAAAAGCUCGUCUCUCAGCUGGUAUGCUGACAUUGACCUUGUUGCGUGGCAGGAAAAAAUCCGCAAAGACCCCCUGGCUUUCACUGACUUUUGCCUUGAAGCCAAUGUCUGUCCCGAUAUAUGGUCUCUUCAUGAAUGGUGGGACUGGUUAACCCCGACCUCCGUAGGUCACAGGAGGUACGAUACGAUGUUCUACGUUUGCUGUUUGGAGAAACAACCCGACGUCGUGCUGGAUCACAGCGAAGUCAUCACUCUGAAGUGGUGCACACCUCAGGAAAUGCUAGAAGAACACUCUACGAAUGCGGUAUUUCUAGCUCCACCUCAAGUCUACGAAUUAUCUCGCAUGAUUCACUUCAGCUCAUUUCAGUCAUUAAGAAAUUUCGCAGUGACGAGAGCUGAGAAGGGAGUAGAAAGAUGGCUUCCAGUCAUUAUCACGUGUAAAGAUGGUGCAAUAUCGCUUCUGCCUGGGGACGAAAUGUAUCCAAGAAAACCGGAUUAUUUGGGCAAAAGUCCUGGUCCAGACUAUGCUGUUACUGUAGAUGAAAUGCGAAAGAGACAUACAGGACUUCACAGAAUGGAAGUACGAGGUCCAAUAUGCACUGCCAUCUGCACCAUAAGUCCCACGUGUGGUCACUUGCAGCCUUUGACCUAUCAACCAGACAGACCUUUAGCGCAAUCAUUUUUAUGAUGAUACUGGAGAAAACUGAUUCUCAGCUAACGUGGUUGGCUUUAACUAUGGAAUAUAUACUCCAAGCAAAUACAGAAUGUGAGGUGAAUAAAUUUCUGUCAGAAAUUUCCUGGCAGAUACAUUUAAGAAGAAUUAUCUUGCGUGUAAAUACUUUAUAAUAAAUAAUUACGAUAUUUCUUGCAUAUUAGCCUCGAAAAUAUUUAUUUUGCUAUAUUUCUUUCUUCAAUGUAUUUUUUCUGCAUACAGUGGAAGAUUACAGGAUUCAUCUAACGAAAGUGGAAAGAGACGCAAAGUGGAAUUAUUAAUUUUACUUUUUUAUCUGAAUUUCGCGUUGGAAGUGAUUGCAUCCAUACAUUUUAGUGCAUGAGCUGUGUAUUAAAAUUUACAACAAGCGAUAUUAAACAACAAAUGUUAUUAAUGGCUUACGUUUUAUAUAAAUGCAUUCAUAUAAAACAACGAAUAGUUUUAAAAAAUAAAUUAAAUUUUAUUCCGCACAUUAAAAUGUUUCUUUUCCGUUUUUUUUCUUCCGAUCGUGCAUCUAAAAAAUACUAAAAUAACUCGUAAGCUUUAAAAGAAAUUAUACAAUCAAGAAAAUUUAAUGUAAAGAAAUAAAGUAAAACUUAAGAGAUAUUUCGUAAAAUGUCUCGAAAGGUCCAGCUUAUAUGCGAAAAGACAGAAUAUAUUAAUAUACAAGCAUGCAUAUACAUAAUGACUCAGGGUAUUAUUUGGACUGAACUGAUUUUACAAUUGAUUUAUUCCAUUAAAGUGGAAGUUUAACAUGAGCAAUUUUAAUUCUUGCGAUUUGACAAAUGUUAUAUGUAUAUACUUGUUUUAUUCAAUAAAAUGUUUAAUUUUAA